UACGUGUGGCAUGGUCAACAUUACUAAUUAAUAGAAUGAAGUGGCUCAUUGGUGUCCGCUCACUGAAAAUCAGACCAAAUUCCACUCUUCUAUACUGUUCUUCUUCUCAUAGGAAUUAAUGCGCAGAAAACAUUUAGAAAGUGAACAUGUGAGACUGUAGUCCGGACUGACGAUUUGUCUCAAGAAAAUAAUGGAGGCUGUCAACAUUUUCAGUGUUGGGCUUUGAAAGUGGGUUUGAUUGAUGUGAAUCGUUAUUUCUCAGAGGGAGAAACAUGGAGUGCAGAGGCAAAGAAUUAGGGUUGGACUUGAAAGUUGGCAUCUCGUAUAAGCAGGGUUGAAAAGCCAAAGCCUAAGCCUAAGCCUAAUCCUGCAAAAUCCUUGGGGAAAUCCAGAUUCUUGGAAGAUGACCCUACUCUCAGAAAAAGCACAGACCAGAUCGAGAUCCUUAGCAGCAACAUUUCCUCCCCAGGUAGUGGAGCCUCCGCUGCAAGUCCUAGACAAUCAGUCCUCCCUGAAAAACCCAUUCUUUAUAUGUUCAAGGAGAUCACAGAGGCCACAAUACAAUUUACCAAUGGAAGGCUUGGAAAAUCCUCUGUUUAUAAGUCCAACAUGAGGGGCAAAAUAGUGGCUAUCACAACGAGGAAGCUGGAAGCCAUCGGGGAUUUUAGGUCAGGACUUGGACAGAUCUGUAAUAUCCAUCAUUUCAACCUAAUAAAGCUAUUGGGGGGCUGCUGUAAUGGGGGUCGUGUUAUUCUAGUCUAUGACUAUGUUCAGGGAUCUAGUUUAGCAGACUGUCUAAGGAAUAGCAGAAUGCCUGGAUACACAGUAUUGAACACUUGGAUCUCUAGAAUGCAGAUUGCAAUUGAUGUAGGAAAGGCCCUGGAAUACAUGCACCAUGACACAAGACUGCACUAUAUACAUAAUUAUCUAAAGUCAAGCAGCAUUAUAAUCACAGAGCCUGGUUAUAGGGCAAUGAUGUGCCAUGUAGGUGCUUGUUAUUUGACAGGUGAAUAUGAAUUUGAGGACAACAAGAAGAUCUGUGAUGUAUCAAAAGACAAAUCAAUAUCUGCGGAAAUCACAGAAGAACAAGGCCCAAAUCCUUGUCAUCAGGGCAGAAAAAUGAGUAAGAGAGCCAAGAGCAUGAGAAUAACAGGAAUAAUGGGGUACAUGUCUCCAGAAUAUGUUAGCAGUGGGAUUGUUUCUCAGAAAGAUGACGUUUUUGCUUUUGGGGUUAUCCUGUUGGAGCUUCUGGCAGGGCGUGAGCCUAUAAAACAUAUGAGUAAUGCCAAGAAUGAACUUGAGAGGGUUUCUUUAAUAGAGACUGUGAAUAGGAUACUUCUUUCAGAUGAACAGGCAGAAUGUAUACGGAGGUUAAGGUCUUGGGUGGAUCCAAGGCUCAAGGAUUCUUUUCCAGUGGAAUGUGCAGAAAGAGUGGUAAGGCUUGCUGCUGCUUGUGUGGAUUUUGAACCAGAGAGGAGACCUGAUAUGAGGUAUGUUGCUUGGAAGAUCUCCAAAGAAUUUAUAAUUUCCAAAAAAUGGUCUGACAAAUUACAGUAUAACAAGGAAUUUAUAACUACCACACUUAAAGCAAGGUAAACUUAUCCUAUUGAUUACCACAGUUUAGUUUCCUAAUAUUUUAGUUACAUGUAUGAAGAAAAACAUUAGGAAAACAGAUGCUUGACAGGCAGAUGUUACAGUAUUAAAGUGGAAAGAAAUCCUCAACUAAUUGUGAGAUGUUUGUAAAUUAAAAUUGUUUUGUUAGAUGACAUGCUAACAACUACAGGCCACAGAUAGUUUGGAAGUCAUGACACCCAGAACUUUAACCCUUAGGACAUGCUACUCCAUUGGGGAAACAGGGGCUGUGUGAGUCUAAAACUUUUUCAAGCUAGAUGGGUAUCUACAAUUUGUAACGUAAGUGAAAAUCCGGUUUUGAACAACCCAUAUUGAGCUUUACUAUAAUCCUUUUCAUUGAAUAUAAUUGUUCAUCAGUGUGGAUUCAACUGUGGAAACGGGUUAGAAGAAGGGCCAAUAACCCAUUUUAGAGUUUUCUCCAUACGAUAGAUUUCUGUGAAGCAAGUGGCUGGCCAACCAUGGAAAGGGAAUCUGAAUAAUUAGGAUUUCCUUUCAGCCACUAUUUUUAUCAGAUAUACUUUAUUUUGUAUUUGAGUCUUCUUGACUUUGUGGACAUUUAGAUUUUGGGGCUUAUAUUUUGUUUAGUUUUUAUAAAACUAGUUCUUAAAACAAUAUUAUAUCUAUUUACAAAGUUUUCUUUAAGAAAUCAUUUUAACCUAGAAUUUAGUUUCUCUUUCCAAUUAUUGUGUAUUAUGUGUUAUGUUGGGGUCUAUUGAUUUUGAACCGGUGAGAUUUUUAGUUUCUCUUUUCAAUUAUUGUGUUAUGUGUUCUGUUGGGCUCUAUUGAUUUUGAACUGGUAAUUCUCACUUUCAUUCCUGCAUAUUUGAGAUUUUAGGCUGACAUGAUCAUUUUCAAUUAUUUGUAUAUAUUUUUUUUAUGUAUUUUUAAUUUAAUUUUGAGCAAUAUCUUAAUGUAUUUAUAUAAUUAUGAAUAAUUUUUUAAAUUUUUUUUCAGAUUCACGUAUAUAGUUCUACAUUGAACCUACAUCUGUGCUUAUCAUUUAUUCUUAUUAUGAUUACUUACACUAUCCACUAUUGAUUUUAGUUUUAAUUUACAUUUUAAAAAUAUUUUUAAAUUGUUUUUUUUUUCAUUAAUUUUUUUAACCGUCAUUUGACAUUGAGAUUUUGGUUCUCAGACAUAUUCCAGAUUUGAUGUAGGACUAAUAUUUUGGAAUAUUAUCUAAUUAUAGUUUCUUUGAUGAGGGUUUAUGUUUCCCUCCAAUAUUUUUUAUAGAACCUUAUCAUAUAUCAAAGAUCUUUUAUUCACACUAUGGAUUAGUUUGCCCCUCUUCAUACUAUCCAAAAUGAUUUUGACAAUUUAACA